AUGCUGGCUGCGCGCUGCUUGCUCGAUCUGCUCGAGCAGCAGGCCUCCGUUUCCCCUUCUCUCACCUCCCUGCUGCUGGACAUCCCCGCGGUUCUCUACCCCGGCGGCUUCUUCCACGAUUCCCUCCUGGCCGGCCUCUGCGCCUUCCUGGUUUCUCCCUUCCACGUUCUCCGCCACGCUUCGCUCGCGCUCGACACGCUCCGCCUCCUCUCCCUCCUCGCCAACCCCACCCAUCCCGCGGGGAACGCCCUCCUCGCGAGCCUGGCGGGCUCCGGGCUGGCCGCGAAGCUCCUGGCGAUGCUGCCCUGCCUGGUUCGCUGGACGCAGACCCACGCCGACGCGCCCACCAACGCGCUGCUGCUGCAGUUCGUCGCUUCCUCCGCUCGCCUCCUCGCCACGCUUCUCUUCACUUUCAACCAUGAAACUCGUGCGGAACUCGUGCGCGAGGUGCUGCCAUCCUUCGCUCUCCCCGUCCCGGGCGUGUCGGACGCCUUCCCGGACGCCGAAACGGCUCGCGAAACGCCCAUCGAGCGGCUGCUCGGAGCGCUGCGCGGCUUCGCGCUCACCGAAAUCCCGCGGGGAUUCAUCCCGGAGGCCUGGCUGGCGCAGUGCGAGACCUCGGUUUCCACGUUUGGUUCCACGGUUCCGAGCAUCGAUUUGGCGAAGCUUCGCGAAUUGGCGGCAAGCGAAGCAGGCGAAGCAAAAAGCGCGGGAAGUCGUUCGGCGUGGCAGGUCUCGCUGGUGAAUCAAGUGCUGGCGGCGGCGAAGCAGGCGAACGAGGUGGCGGCGCGCAGCGCGCUGGAGCGACGCGUCUUCCGCCGCGUGCUGGCGCUGCUGCAGAUCGCGCUGAUCGACUGCUCCGCGCUGUGGGCGGGGCUGCUGCCGCCGUCCCUGCCGAUAACCGCGGAAGCCCUGCCCAUCGGCGUGGUGGGAGCGCUGCUCGACUUCCUGGCGCAGGCGACGCCGCCGAAUCUGCUGCGUGUGGACGCGUGCGAGGCGGCGAUCGCGUUCCUCCACCUGCUGACGGAGCAAAACCGAACGCUCAGCGCGUCGGAGCGGUACCAGGGCCUCGACCACUUGCUCGUCUGCAUCCUCAACGACCCUCUCCGCCAGCCCGAAGCGGCGCGCACCGCGCAGUACCUCCUGCUUCUCCAGUUCCUCCUUUCGCUCAAGAAGGCGGCGCCCCAGCGCUCGCUGCGCGAGCUCUUCACGCCCUCGCAGCUCGCGCUCCCCGCGCUGCUGGAGCUCCUCGCGCACGACCUGCAGAGCUCCGACGCGGCGCUGCACCGGGCCGCGACGACGCUGCUCCGGUCGUUCAUGGCGGAGGACAGCAGCGAGUCGAUCACGCACUACCUCCUCGAGCACUCCUCGCUCCUCCCCACGCUCCUCCAGGCCGUCGGACAGCUCGACUUCGCCUGCCUCGAUGCCUCGACCGCCGCCCGCGAGCCGCUCGCCAUCGUCACGCAGAGCCUCUCUCUGCUCUCCGUGCUGGUCCGGUCCACCGAGGGCGCCAUGGCCGCGCUGGAUCUUUCCCUCUUCGGCCGCUUCAACCACUGCCCGCUCAUCCGCUCUCUCCGCGAGAACGGCGCCUCGCUCUCCCUCCUGCAGACCGAGAAGGCCCGGCCCGCGCUGCGCGGCGUGCUGCGGCUCGUCCUGCAGGUGAUUCUGGCGGUGGAAGCGACGGUGCGGCCGAUUCGAUCGGUGCAGAGCGAACUCACCGCGUUCGUUCUCGCCGUGGCGCCCCUCACGCCCUUCCUGUUCCAGGUGAGCGAGGAGGACACGAUGGCCCUGGAGGUUCUGGGGCUGUUCCUGGGCGCGCUCGUGGUGCUGGCCAAUCAGCCGGAGCGAUUGGUGGAGAUGAUGAAUGGGUAUGAGGGAGUGCUGAAAACGGAGGUGGUGCGGCUGCUGAACUCUGUGAGCAAGAAGGAGAGCGUGUGCAGGUGUAUUCAGAAGUCGAUGCGAGGCAUGAGGACGGACGAGCUGAAGUUGGAGAAAAUGAGACUCUAUAAGGUGCUUGUGGAAAACGGAAUGUUGUUUAUGAGCAAGAUGGGCUGGAAGAUUGGAGACGAGUAUUUGAGAGCGUUCGGUGUUAGAUACUAA